AAAAAAUAUGUACAUUUUAACAAAAAGGUGAAUUUCAAAAGAAAUUCAGAUAGUAAUGUUAAAUAGACAAUAACUGGACUAGACAACCCGCUGUGAACAUAUAAAUAGUCAAAUAAAUUGGGUGAAAUGUGCAGAAUUCAAUUAAAGCUGAGAACUACCUUUGGGAAAAACAACUUUCUUGGAAUCGACUAAAACUAAAAAUUAAAAAACAGAACUCCUAUCAAAAUGUUUAAGCUCUCAGCAAUUUUGCUAUUUUUGGUUGUGGAACAAGUGUUUAGUGUUCCUUUAAUACCUCAAAUUGGUGACGAAGAGGAAAUGGUAGAAGUAGUUGGCAAUACUUUAACUCAUGAAGCACCGCAUUUAAAGGAUGUAAUCGAUUUGAGUUUCUAUGGCUCAGCAAUUUAUGGCGAUCCCGAUGAUCAGUAUACGGCUCGUAUGGUGGCAAAUUAUACCCCAGAAGCAUUUGAUGUUAAUCCAGAAGAAUUGGGUACGUAUUUGGAAGGUGAUAUCUUGAUACCUAAAAAGAAGAUAACCAUGAAAAAUGGUCUAACUUCACAAAGUUCUCGCUGGCCUAAGGGUAUUGUUCCUUAUGAAAUUCGUGGUAAUUUUAAUGCUCGUGACAUGUCUAUUAUUGAGCAUGCCAUUAGAGAAUAUCAUCGUCGCACUUGCAUACGUUUUGUACCACGCAGCAAUGAACAGGAUUAUGUUUCGAUUGUUAGUGGCAAUUCGGGCUGUUGGUCUUCGGUGGGACGUGUUGGUGGUAAGCAAGAAGUGAAUUUGCAAUCUCCUGGUUGUUUAACUAAACCUGGUACUGCCAUACAUGAACUUAUGCACGCUUUGGGUUUUUUGCAUGAACAAAAUCGUGAGGAACGUGAUUCUUAUGUGUCCAUUCAAUAUCAAAAUAUUCAACCAAGUGCCAUGUCCAACUUUGAUAGAGCUGCUAGGACCAUAGCGUUUGGUAUACCCUACGAUUAUGGCAGUGUUAUGCAUUAUUCAGCCAAUGCUUUCUCCACUAAUGGUCGUCCUACUAUUGUUCCCAUGCAAAACAUGGGUAGAGCUAGAAUGGGCCAACGUGAUGGAUUCUCUGCAUUUGAUGUGGAAAAACUAAAUCAAAUGUAUGAUUGCGGUUAUGGUGGUGUUUCAGCACCUGGUCCAACUCCUGCACCCAUUCCAGCUCCUGCCCCCAUCCCAGCUCCUGUUCCCGUUCCAGCUCCAAACCCAUUACCCGCUCCUGGCGGUCAAGGCAUUGACAACACCAUAGUUACCAGUUUCGUUAGUGGUUUAUUGAGUGGUUUAGGUUUAGGCGAUGAUCCUUCAUCUUGAGCAUUAAAGAGGAACUUAUGAAACGUUUCAUUCUAUCCAUGACACGAUAUUUGAUAAGCAUUAAUCAUUUAUUAUUUAUUUCGGCAUUUUUUUAGUGACGUAGGCAUUUUAUACCAAAGUAUUUAAUUUUAAUUGCAAAUAAAAUUUAUUAUUUAAUAGUUUAGAAAGCAA